AAAAAAAAACAGAGAGAGAGAGAGGGGAAAAUAAAUCGCCCACAUGCGCUGGAAUAACAGGAUCUGGGAAAAGAAGAAGAAGAAAAAGGUGUUGAAGUUUUUCCAUUCAGUGCGGGGCUCUGUGGCUGGGGGAAGAUGGCGGACUGGAGGUGAUCGGCGAGGCUCGGGUUCUGAUUUAGUCUCUUCUCCCGAUUCUCCUCCUCCCCCCGUGCGGCCAGAGUUCUGCGAUCGGACACAUGCAGGCCAAAAAACGCUACCUUCUGUUGUCAGCCGGCGCCGCUGUGUUGUUGCUCGUCUACCUGGCAGGAGUGCGGUUCGGCCGGCUGUCCGCGGCGAGGAGGCAGAGCCGGCGGUGGGCUGCGGCCGAUGGCUCCCCGUCGGCUCCCGACCGCUGGCCCGAGUGGUCCAAUUCACUGCAGAGUUUCUCGGUCGGGGACCAGCCCGAGAAUGAGGAGUUCAGUCAACGCGGCUCCCCCCGGCACAAGAGGGAGAUUCACACCAGUGUCUACAAGGGCAAGAAGUGCCGCAUGGACUCUUGCUUCGACUUCUCUCUCUGUCACAAAAACGGUUUCAAAGUCUACGUCUACCCGCAGCAGAAAGGGGAGAAAAUGUCCGAAAGUUACCAAAACAUCCUGACAGCCAUCGAGAACUCUAAAUUUUAUACCUCGGACCCGAGACAGGCUUGUCUCUUCGUGCUAAGUUUGGACACUUUAGAUCGCGAUCAGCUUUCGCCUCAGUACGUACAUAACCUAAAAACUAAAGUUCAGAGUCUGUACUUGUGGAACAAUGGCAGGAACCAUUUGAUUUUUAAUCUCUAUUCUGGAACUUGGCCCGAUUACACGGAGGACCUGGGAUUCGACAUCGGCCAGGCGAUGUUAGCUAAAGCCAGCAUCAGUACUGAAAAUUUUAGAAGCAAUUUUGACGUUUCCAUACCGCUCUUUUCUAAAGAGCACCCAAGGACCGGAGGCGAGAAGGGUUAUAUGCUUUUCAAUAACAUCCCUCCCCUGAGAAAGUACUUACUGGUGUUUAAAGGGAAAAGGUAUUUGACUGGCAUAGGUUCUGAUACCAGGAAUGCCUUAUAUCAUGUCCAUAACGCAGAGGAUAUUGUCCUCUUAACAACCUGUAAACAUGGAAAAGACUGGCAGAAACAUAAGGAUGCCCGCUGUGACAAAGACAACAGUGAAUAUGAGAGGUAUGAUUAUCGUGAAAUGUUACACAAUUCCACCUUCUGUUUGGUUCCACGUGGCCGUAGAUUGGGAUCUUUCCGGUUUCUGGAGGCUUUACAGGCUGCAUGUAUUCCAGUGAUGCUAAGUAAUGGAUGGGAGCUGCCAUUUUCAGAAGUAAUUGACUGGAACCAAGCUAUUGUCGUUGGGGAUGAAAGGUUAUUGCUGCAGAUACCUUCAACAAUAAGAUCUAUUAACCAUGACAAAAUCCUAGCACUUAAGCAACAGACACAGUUCUUAUGGGAAGCAUAUUUUUCUUCAGUUGAGAGGAUAGUAUUGACUACAUUAGAAAUAAUUCAAGAUCGAAUUCUUAACCAUAUAUCUCGCAAUGGUUUAAUUUGGAAUAAACCUCCAGGGGGAUUAUUUAGUCAACCACAGUAUUCAACGCAUCUAGGAGAUUUUCCUUUUUAUUAUUCUUAUUUAGGUAUAAAGCCUUCAUCUAAGUUUACUGCGGUUAUCCACGUAGUGACUCCGCUGGUUUCGCAGUCACAGCCAAUAUUAAAGCUCCUAGUAGCUGUUGCUAAGUCCCAAUAUUGUGCCCAGGUUAUUGUGUUAUGGGACUGUGACAAACCUUUGCCAGCCAAACAUCGGUGGCCCUCCACUACUGUCCCUGUGUUGGUAAUUGAAGGGGAAAAUAAAGUUAUGAGUAGUCGUUUUCUUCCCUAUGAUGCCAUCAAUACGCAUGCAGUACUUAGCCUUGAUGAAGACACUGUUCUUUCUACCACUGAGGUGGAUUUUGCCUUCAUUGUGUGGCAAAGCUUCCCUGAAAGAAUUGUGGGAUACCCAGCUCGCAGUCACUUCUGGGACAGCACAAAAGAAAGAUGGGGUUACACAUCUAAAUGGACCAAUGAUUACUCUAUGGUCCUAACAGGCGCUGCUUUCUACCAUAGGUACUACCAUUACCUGUACACUCAUUAUCUGCCUUCCAGUCUAAAAAACAUGGUGGAUCAACUGGCCAACUGUGAAGACAUAUUGAUGAACUUCUUGGUUUCAGCUGUCACCAAGCUGCCUCCUGUUAAAGUCACUCAGAAAAAACAGUAUAAAGAGACAAUGAUGCAGCAGUCCUCUAGAGCUUCCCGAUGGGCUGAUCCUGAUCAUUUUGCUCAGCGACAAACCUGCAUGAACACAUUUGCAACUUGGUUUGGAUUCAUGCCUUUGAUCCACUCCCAGAUGAGACUAGAUCCAGUUCUCUUCAAAGAUCAGGUCUCCAUACUGCGAAAGAAGUAUCGGGACAUUGAACGGCUCUAAUGACUCAUUGAUUGUUGGACAGCACUCUGAUUAAAGCCAGCUUAAAGAACACCCCUCCUGAGCUCAGCAAAUAAUGUUGUCCAAGGUGACUAAGAGCAGUUACUCCUUGAUGAACCUGUCAGACUGACUGAAGAGGAUUUCUGCUAUCAGCUUAUUGACUAACAGAUCUAUAUGACCAUUAGGAUUUUUAAAAAUCGUUUUAUCAAUCCUGUGUAACAGGUCUAAUACCUUUUCAGGAGGAAUAUAAAUUCAAAGUCCAUGAAUUGAAAGUGUGAAAGUCAAUGAAUAAUUAUUUCAUCUGCACUGUGAAGAACCAAGUGAAACACUAUUCAGUUGAUCAUAAACGCGUCUUAAAUUUUGGUCUGAACUUAUCUUAAAGCUUAUUUUUACCACUUAAGCUAAAUACGAGUUAGGAAAACUGAAUUAUGUUUUGGAAUGUGUAAUCAUCUGACUUGUAUAGGAAUGGGCACUAAGGCAGUUGUGACUAAUGAACGUGCGGUUGGGUUUCACCAAUAAUGUCUGCCAUGUUUACUAUUAGCAUGUUUACUAUUAGAAUUCCAUCCUCAUCAGCUGUGGGGAGGGGGGUGGGGGGUUGGGG